AUGGCGUUAACAUCACGAUACACGACGAUGGAAGCGUCUUCGUCGUUGUCGUCGGCGAAGCGGCCCGCGGCCGUCGUAACUUCCGCGUUGCGCUGCUGGUCGUACACAGAAGCGGAGCGCCAGCAUCUGUUCAGGGUGUCUCGAUUGUUCAUCACGUCCUAUUACGUGUACGUGUCGUACUACGGGCUGUUUGUGUUGGAUCUGAACGGCGUCGAUCAUCCCACGUGGGGUAAUCUAGGUUCCAACUGGUGGUGGAAAUGUGUCUCCGUGUGGAAUCUGAUAUUGCAAAUUUCUUACUUUAUUUAUUGCACGGUUUUCAUAGACUUUGCCGAUUCAGGCCCUGGAAAGUCGUGGAAAAAACUUAGAUUACAACAGAGCAAGAAAAUAAGAGAUUUCAUAUUUGUCAGCCUUGUAUUUCCAGUAACAAUUGAUGUGUGUGUCAUGUUUUGGGCAAUCUGUGCGGUGAACAAGCCACUGUUGUUUCCGAACGAAAUGAACAAUUGGAUACCAGAUUGGUACAACCACGCAGUGCAUACCAAUCCGAUAGUGUUAACCCUGUUCGAUAUGGCCACCACCAAACAUCGUCUACCCAAACUAAUCGAAUCCACGGCGGGGCUGUUCACGCUGUCCGGCUCAUACGUCACAUGUUUACUUUAUAAUAAAUUUACAACUGGAAGAUGGGUGUAUCUUAUCAUCGGAGAAGUUACAGCAAGUUUGAUGGAAGUGAUAAUUUACUUUGCAGUAACGGCUUUUAUCAUGCCAUUUAUGUGUUUGUUGAUUGGUCACAAAAUGUGUUCAUGGUUUUCAAGCUCACAAAUGAAAGGAAAACAUAAAAUGUCUUAA